AUGCACGAAACGUUACAGGGUUUAGUGUUUGAUCCAUUUAAAGUUAUCAAACAAGAGAACGUUCAUUACAUACAUGACGGGAAAGUACGUGAACUUAAUUAUACAUCGUCUAGGAUUGUAGGGAGUGGAUCGUUUGGUGUUGUUUUUCAAACACGGUUAAUUGAUACAAAUGAGGAUGCUGUUAUUAAGCGCGUUUUACAAGAUAAACGGUUUAAAAAUCGUGAACUUCAAAUUAUGCGUUUAAUUCGUCAUCCCAAUAUUGUAGAUCUUAAGGCUUUUUUUUACUCAAAUGGUGAACGUAAAGAUGAAAUUUAUCUUAAUUUAGUACUUGAAUACAUUCCAGAAACAGUAUAUCGUGUAUCUCGAAAUUAUGCCAGGCGCAAACAAACAAUGCCACUUUUUGAUAUUAAACUUUAUAUUUAUCAGCUUUUUCGUUCUCUUGCAUAUAUACACUCUCAAGGCAUCUGUCAUCGUGAUAUUAAACCGCAAAAUCUUUUACUUAAUCCUACUAUAGGUGUUCUUAAGCUUUGUGAUUUUGGUUCUGCUAAAGUUCUUGUUGCUGGAAAACCCAAUGUUUCAUAUAUUUGUUCCCGUUAUUAUAGAGCUCCUGAGCUUAUUUUUGGUUCAACAAAUUAUACAACUAAAAUAGAUAUUUGGUCCACAGGUUGUGUUUUAGCUGAAUUGAUCUUGGGUCAGCCUAUUUUUCCAGGUGAAUCUGGUAUUGAUCAGCUCGUUGAGAUUAUUAAAGUAUUGGGUACACCAACACGUGAACAAAUUAAGACAAUGAACCCUAAUUAUAUGGAUCAUAAGUUUCCACAAAUCAAGCCUCGUCCUUUUAGUAGGAUGUUUCGACGAGGAACUUCAAAUGAUGCCAUUGAUUUGAUAUCUCAUCUUUUAGAAUAUACGCCAAAUUCUAGAUUUUCUGCUAUUGAAGCUUUAACACAUCCUUUUUUUGAUGAAUUAAGGGAUCCUAAUAUAUCAUUGCCUGAUCCAUCUUUUUCUGAUGAUGAUGGCUCUAUGGUGAUUCGAAAAUUACCACCUCUUUUUGAUUUUACUGAGCAUGAAUUAUCUAUUCGUCCUGAUUUGAUUGAAAAAUUAGUCCCUUCACAUGUGAUUCCUGAGUUUAAUGCAAGAGGUAUUGAUAUUUAUAAUUUCCACCCAGUAUCGUUAGAAAAAGCACGAAUAAAACUGGAUUAA